AUGUACUUGCAGUGGUUGAAAACAAGGGGUUCCAGCAGGCAUACACCAGAACAGAAACACGUUGGUCAGUUGAUCGAUUGCUUGCUUGAUCUUGCAUCAUCUUUCCCUUCUCCGAUUUGCAGUUGUCGAGUGAGAGGUUUCUCUCCCCACGAAGAUCAUGGCUGUACACAGAGCCAUUGCCCGUGGGAACUCAAGAGCAGCACUCCACCUCCAAGACCCUUCCUUGUAUACUACCACGAUACACAGUUGGUGUGA